CCGUCGAUUGAGCGUGAUCGGUCAACGCUUGACCCCAACCCCGACGCGUCCAAGAAGCAAAGCCCAGAGUUUACGCGGUAUUGACCAGCUUGAAAACACUAACUAGCGGACAACGUUCGGGCCGCUUUUCAAUCAAAGAUUUAAAGAAUAAGGCCGAGCCUUGUCCCAAAGGCUGCGAGUUAACAAGUCUACGCUACGGAAUUCGAAAUCCCCAAGGGAGGGAAGCGGCAGAAGCCAUUCUUGAAACGACGGACGAACCCAAACCCUGGGGAUUUCUCACGCGCCUUUUGCUCACAACGAAACCAAGGGCGACCCUACAAGAAACGUCUACAAUUUUGUUUUCCUUUUUCUUCCUUCCCUCAGACGGGCCCCGAACGCACGCAUGGCGCCCAAAUCCGACCGGUCCGCAACCCGCCGAUUGAUCAAGGAGCUCGAGACGUGGCACGGCGAAUCGAAAUCCGAGACGGGGGUCGAGCGGCUCGGGCCUGUAAACGAAGGGGAGCUGCUGCAAUGGGAGGCUGUGAUCAACGGGAAGGGUAUAGGGGGUGGUUAUGAUGCUGGCCGCUGGCUUCUCGAAAUCAAGAUCCCACCCACAUAUCCGCUCCACCCGCCGACGGUACGCUUCGUGACACCCGUGGUGCACGCAAACGUGAACCUUGCCGACGGGGAGGUGUGCCUGGAUCUGCUCAAGGAGGCUUGGACGCCGGCAUAUAGCGUGCUGGAGACUGUGCGGGCCGUGAGGUUGUUGCUCGCAACGCCGGAACCGGACUCGCCGCUUAACGUGGAUGUCGCAGCGCUGGUGAGGGCAGGGGAUGCACUUGGGGCCGCGAGGCUGGUCGAGUUUUGGAUCACGGAUGGCGGUGGGAGAUAUGAUGGGCCUUGAUGUGCCAGACGGAGGGGUUUCGGGUACUUUAUUUUCGGUUUUCUGAGUUUGUUGUUGGAGCUACAAACACCCACAGACUAUUGAACGCCAGGCUGACCCAAACACCUGCUGUCGCAGCAAGGCAAACUGAUGUCUGUGGAGAAAAUCACAAGAUGCAUUGUAUCAUCUAGCAGGUCAGGAUGGGCCAAAGAGACCCACGGAUCCCAUGGUUUGGCCACUUGCAUCUUCGUGAUGCCUGCUUCUCUAAUCAGGGGCACAAGAAACCAAGCUGUGAUGCACCUCGAACACUAGUCCCGGGUCGUUGCCUGCAUGAGCUUUGAUGGAAAUGCCACUGCUCUGCAUCGAUGCCUCGUGAUCCUUCCCGAUGCCCCAUUCUGGUCUGGACCGCGCUCACAAGACACUUAUUUUACAGCGUAAUAAAAGUUUAGGGGGCUUAUCUUUUGUGUUCUUGAAGAGAGGCAGCUGGUGGUGGGCAGCCAGCGUUCAUUCUCAGGAAAGUCGAACCGGGACUACAGGAUCAAUCUUUUCCGCAAUGCAAGCGUCGGCGGUGAAUGAAAUCUUUUUUUGUCCUUGACGACCUUCCCUUCUUGAACGAAACACUUGCUCCACAUCAGUCGUUCCUUGGAAGUGCCUGCAGCAGGCAGACGGAGAGAAAGCCUUGUGUGGAUUCUGCGAAUGCAAGUCUAAACCCGUGGAGAUUGAAAACACAUGGGCGCCCGAUAGGGCGCUGCGAGCUUACGCCGAGUUGCACGUAUUACCAAGCAUGCCGGUGGGCAAACCUGGAGGCUGAGCUUAGAGGUUUUUCUUCUUUUGGUGCUAUGUCUCCUCUCCAGUGUAAGAUUUUAUGGAACCAACCCCCACGGGUUGGAGUACGAAGGUAUCGGAGGAAGCACUGCUCCCGAUGAACAGAGAUGUGGUUGUCUCCCAUCACGGAUACAAUGCAUACCACAAAACCCUCGGGCUUCGUGUAGCGCUGCUGCUGCUCUACUGAUUGAACGAUAAUUCGC